AUUUAAUCCCUUAACAUUUAUUUUAUUAUUUCCAGCAUUAAUUAAUCAAUAUAUAUUAAAUUCAUAUAAAAAUGCAAUAAAUUUACUUCAGUACUUUAAAUCCUUCGAAUUGCGGAUGCCAGUGACGAACCCCACGUGUAUGCAUACGAAAGAUUGAUGCAAAAAAUGCACGUCAAAUCGUCGAACGCAACCAAGACAUAUAGAUUUUCAUAAAUUUAUUAUUGCCAUUUAUUAUUGUGAGCAACGAUAAAAACGAAUUUUACAGAACGAUCGUACGGUUGCCACGUUGACGGAAACAGACGGCGCGGCGUCUGUUUUCGUGGAUGUGUCGGCUAAUGCUCGAAACAUUCGGGUGCCAUCGCGGCGAUCCCAAGCGGCAAUGAGUUAUGUGUGCCACGUGCGUGUUCUCAUACCUUUAUUACCGCAGCAUCGCGCGAGAUAACGCACAAAGGGCGCGUCGCGCAGCGUGACUCGUCUCGCGUUCUACUAAAUUUGCCACCGCGCGAACUAAAAAGAAAAGAACAAAGAAAUCUUCCAAAAGCACUCAUGUGUGUGUGUGUGUGUGUGUGUGUGUGUGUGUGUGCGUGCGUGUGUACGUACACGUACGUAACGAGAACAAAACGGGCGGAACGCAUACCUGCCCCGAGCUAAUGACGCUCGAUCAAUAGCGGAAAGAGAACGAUGUUUUUCCAUUUAAUUAACCCGUACCGGUUUCCCAGGUAUCAUAAAACUGUAAAUAAUAUAUGCGACCUGUUUCCGGUAACAGAUGUGAACGGGCCGUCUGUCGCGUUAAGCGGCUCGUCUAAACUAGUAAUGAAUACUAAGGAGAGAUCAGAAAGCAUCGGUUGCUGCUGCUAAUAAUAAUUCCGUUGUAAAACGACUGAUCGUCGUCGUUAUGCGGUUUUUUUUCUCGGAUGCUUCUAAUAAACAUUCGAGGUAACUCCUAAUAACGUGAAUGUUACAGAUGAACAAUUCGUUUCUAUAUUACGUUUCAUAAGAAAUAUUUAUUAUUUAAACGAAAUAGAAUUUUAACUUUCUUUUCGAUCGUUCAAUCCGGCAAAUGGUUUUCGCAGUGAUUUACGUAACGAUCGGGGCAAUUUUCUUUGAGACGAAAUCCCGACAUUCAGGACGAUCUAUAUUUUCCGUGCCAUUUGACAAGGAAACCGUGAAAUACGUACUCCACGGCCACCGCCUCUCUGCCGGCUGCCGAAGCUCAACGGGUCCCGGAUUACUUGAGGAUUACGCGGGGAUGUUCAUCCGAGCUGAUUUACAAGGUCGACUCGGCGUGCCGGUCGGCACAGACCGGAGUGGUCUCGUUCCAGAAGAUGCAUCACGGUCCUCGAUAGAAAUGUUACACAAUGAAAACGGGAGAGUCUACGCAAUGGAAACCAAAAGUGCUCUUAUGCCUAUUGUACUUACAACGCCGAGGGAAAUAUUUUGGCGUGCACCGAAUGCCCGAACUCAUUUUUCAAUUCGACGACGAAGAUGACGAGCCAGCAACGAAUGUAAUCUCGGUAAUUCCGAUCUUUGCGAGGCAGAUAAAAUAUUUAUGUAUUAAUAAAUUUGUUUGAAUAAAUAAUUUCGAGUUGGAUCUUUCGUUUCAUCUCUCAUGCGUCCGGCAGCUUCCGAUCGAACGAUAAUUUCUCAAGAGUGUCAUUUUCCGAGCCAGGCCGCGAGAAACGUCGGUGUACAAAUAAUUCGGAUGAUAAACGAAUUAACUCGAAAUGGGAUGAUGAAAGGCACAUUUAGGGCGGCAGGAGCCCUCGGGUUCUGCCUUAAUGCGAGGGCUGAUGUAGCAGAACGUUUGACCCCUCGCCUCACCAACGCAAGACAGGAGAGCGAAACGGGGAGAGCGAGACGGAGAGAGAUCGCGAGUACGACACACGUGCUCGGCUCAUGAAUCAAGUCGUAUUAGCGAGAGAGAAGUAGGGACCGCCGGGUACCAAUCUACCACUCCAACUUGGAGUAGAUUGGAUUCUCGAGCUUUAUUCGAUUAUCCACGAACGAGAGGAGCACGAAUUGAACGUGGCGCGACUCUCUGGCAUAACCCGCCGUUUCGCUCCGCAGCUUUUGGCAGUCGGAGCAUAAACAAUGAGUUGGACAGUGAUGGACGGCGUAAUGAAGUAAAUGAGAUAAAAGGUACUACUAUUUUGUCCAGUAUUCAAUAAAAUAAAAAAUUGCACCCCCGAUUAGAAACGAGAUUAAAUCAAGAUAAGCUCUUUGAAAAAAAAAACCAAUGUUAUAAUAAAAGAUUUUUCACGGUAAUGUUGCAAAAAUUAAUAGAAAAAUCCAUCACAAAGUACUGCAUAUAUAUCGAUAGCAACGUUUAUUUUCUGUUCUAUUACAAAGGGUUGAAACGAUCAGACGAGCGAAGAACGAUGGUGGCCAAAGAUAUAAAGGUCUAAUCGGUAAAAUCUUGCGAUGUAUCCGCCUGGCCGAUCAGUAUUCUUCAGUGGAUAUUUGUGUUGUAGCGUGAGUUUUUACGAUUGUGUUAUAAAAGGGAGGAUCCAGUAUCUCGUGUUUGUAAGCUAUUUUUCGGCGCGCACACCUGCCCCUACGGCGUAUGUAUUGUGCGUGCGUAUCAUCAAGACUAAAGCUCCAUAUUUGCGUUUGGCAACGCGUUUAUACGAACAGGAAGCGACAUCACCUUUCAUGCCAGCGUCCAAUAUUCAAAUGGUCCUUUCAACAGAACGUUAUCGUAUCUAUUCAUUUGGUUAUACUCGAAAUUAUCAUGCUGCGGAAUCACGCGAGCUGCUGUUCAUCCGUUUGCUCGAAUAUAUGUUCCGGCUACUGAUAUAACAUGAAAAUUAGGGCUACUGAUUUAAAUGUACACGGAAAGAACAACGGUUUCGUUAAAAUAUCUAAAAGUUACAGCUAGAUUACAGGUUUAAAAAUAAUUUUAUCAGAUUAUCAAAAUAUUUAUUGCAGGACGAUUACAAGUCGAUUGCUAGAAUGUUGAAACUAUUUGCAGUGUUGCUCAUCAUUCGCGAGCAACGUAUAUAAUUAUUUUAUGGUUUAACAAAAUUAUAUAUUUUCAAAUUUGUAUUUAACUAAAUUUUUAGAUACUUUAGAAAUUCUAGUUUGUGCUGUUGCUUAGUAUAAUAUUUAAUUGUAAAAAAAAGUUUUGAAUAUGAUUUAAAAAGAAAUAAAAUUAUUAGUUUUUACUAAAUAAAAAUAUUAAAUUUCAAGCAUUAAUAGUCCUAGUAGUGAUAAGAGUAAUACUUUUGUUCUAGUUUAAUGAAAAAUGUUCACAUAAACAUUUCUCAAAACGUUUUCCAUGAAAGUCAGGUUGAGAUGGCUAAAUAGAAAUAUUGCCGAAAAUCGAAGUAUCACUAAUAAUGGAAUGUCAUAGGGUUUCUUAUCGCCACCCAUCGAUAGGAGCGACGGUACCACAAGCUGCAGGAGGAACAGUGGAGGAGGAACGACAGGAGGCGUGGUAACAACGCGCACGCUCCACGUGACCCUGUCGUUUAGAAGGCGGGACUUUCAGCAACGGAGCACACAACUACAACAAGCAGUAGAACCAGCCGGUGGUCAGCGACGUUCUCUCUGUCGUCGCGCGCGCGGGACACCUCGAGCCGCGCUCGUUGCACGUACAACACCUGCCGCGCGAUUAGGCACGCACGAUUCGUCCAUCCGUAACCCGUUCCGGCGACCUUUUUUUUUUUUAAGACUGCAAAUUUUGUGCAGUGCCUUCCUCCCGACCCGAAAAUCAGGCCGACGUCAUAGCGCGAUCGCGCGGGUGCCGUCGAAAUCAUGCACGAGAAAACGAUUGACGAUAACAACAACGACACCAAUAGCAUGUCGAUCCGUGAGUGAAUAUGCGCACGGGAGAAUGAAACUCGUCCGUUCGAAGCGGGAGAGCAUCCUCAGGAUCAUCGAGAACAGACAAUCUCGUCGAGAUGUUGGUGCCGCAGGACAUAAUGGGUGGCCCGUCGAAGAUGCUGUACCAGAUGAACAAGUACUACGCCGAGCGGGUACAGGCUCGUAUGGGCCAGGUGCAGAAGACCAUACGGGAGGUGUGCAAGGUCGUGCAGGACGUACUCAAGGAAGUCGAGGUGCAGGAGCCACGCUUCAUCUCCUCGCUGACCGAAUGCAACGGCCGCUACGAGGGCCUCGAGGUGAUCUCGCCGGGUGAAUUCGAGGUGGUCCUCUACCUGAAUCAGAUGGGUGUUUUUAACUUCGUCGACGACGGCACCCUACCGGGCUGCGCCGUGCUGAAGCUCAGCGACGGGCGCAAGAGGUCCAUGUCCCUCUGGGUGGAAUUCAUUACCGCGUCCGGUUACUUAUCGGCCAGGAAAAUACGCUCGAGAUUUCAGACUCUGGUGGCGCAGGCCUGCGACAAGUGCAACUACAGGGACUCGGUGAAGAUGAUCGCCGACACCACCGAGGUGAAGCUGCGGAUACGAGAGCGGUACGUCGUGCAGAUCACGCCGGCAUUCAAGUGCUCCGGCGUGUGGCCGCGAUCGGCCGCUCAUUGGCCGAUACCGCAUAUACCCUGGCCGCAUCCUAACCUGGUGGCGGAAGUCAAGACGGAGGGUUUCGAUCUGCUAUCGAAGGAGAGUGUCGCGCUUCAGGGCAAGCAAUCGGCGAUGGAGGGCGACGCCUGGGUACUGUCCUUCACGGAAGCAGAAACCAGACUGCUGCAGGGCGGCUGUCGCCGAAAGUGUCUCAGCAUACUGAAAACCAUGAGGGACCGGCAUCUCGAUCUACCUGGGAAUCCAGUCACUAGCUACCACAUGAAGACCCUGUUGCUGCACGAGUGCGAGAAACAUCCCCUCGAGACCGAAUGGGACGAGGGAUGUUUGGCUGAUCGUAUCAAUGGCAUUUUUCUGCAGUUAAUAUCUUGUCUACAGUGUCGGCGGUGUCCACACUAUUUCCUGCCGAAUCUCGAUCUCUUUAAGGGAAAGUCACCUAGCGGUCUGGAAAAUGCCGCGAAGCAAGUCUGGAGACUUACGAGGGAGCUGCUCACGAAUAGUCGCGCGCUGGAGAAGCUUUAGCGACCUUCUGCUCGUUACAAAAAAUAUGAAAAAACGCGCGAUGGGCGAAGGGGAGCGCAACAAUAACACGAAAAUUUUAAGAACGUUACUACCGCAUGGUAUUACGUGCUUCUCCGAUACUACACGCGAACAGUAUUGUAAUUACUGUUAUUACUUAAUACACGCUUGUACCAAGGGCUUGGUGCAUUGUUACAAAUGACUCUCGACACGUAAGCCAUCUUUAGUCAUACUUGUUUCCAUUAAUAAGAAUCGCGAUUCAACGAGCAAUAAUGAUCGUCGGAUAGAUAACUCUGACUUUUCAUUCCUUUUUUUAACAUUCAAAUAGUCGCAUGGAAAUCAAAUAACCAUAUAUAAAAAUGUAACCAUAAUUCUUGUUAUAUCUCUACAUAGUUAUUGUAUUUGAAUUAGUAAAAUCGAUUAUAGAUAUAUGUUAUGGUCAAAAACAACAAUUUUGACCAUUAAAAAGAAUAAAAACAAGUUUCGUAAAUUUCACAAAUAUAUCUCUUCAUUGUCUAAUACUCUAAUGGAUUGUAAUAAUUGUAAUUUGAAAUGUAGUUCGAAAUCGAAGUACAUGCGUCUGAGUAGAUAAAAAUAAAAUUUACACAAGCUUAAUUAGAAAAAGCAAAAAAUAUAUAAUAAAUAUAUGAUAAAUAUACUAUCUAAAUAUAUUGCAAUAUAUAUAUAAUCGAAUAAUUUUUAUAAUUACGUUCUAAUUAAUUAAUUUUCUUAUGAUUGAUAUAUCCAAUGUUUUAUUUCAAACAAUAUAAAUUGCUGUAAAAUAAGCAAUGUCACGACAAUUAAACGUAAAAUAUGAUACCCAUGCGACUAGUUAAGUGCUAAGUACAUCUCGAUAGCAUAUCCCGAUAGUUACUGUAAAA